AGGGCAAACAGUAGUGUGCGAACUCCCGGUUACGCCAAAUUGGUCAAACAACUGAAACUGAAACUGAAACUGAAGUUAAACCAGCAAAACCGAAAUUCUUAUUUAUUCACAUCCCUUCUCUCUUAUAACUUGUUCGUUUCUCUUCAUUUGUGAUUUCUUCUAAAGAAGAAAUGGGCAGUCUCCUAAUACCAGAUGUUGUUCCCUCUCCAACUCAAGACGCUGAAACACUCAGGAAAUCUUUCAAAGGAUCUUUUUUCGGACUGGGAACUGAUGAGAAGGCUAUAAUAAGUGUGUUGGGACAUAGAAAUGCAAGCCAGAGGAAGAAGAUCAAAGAAGCAUAUCAGCAGCUUUAUGACAAAUCCCUCAUUGAUGAUCUUCAUUCUGAAUUAUCUGGUGAUUUCGGGAAAGCUGUGAUCCUCUGGGCAUAUGAUCCUCCUGAAAGAGACGCGAGGCUAGCAAAUGAGGUCUUAAUAAAUUCAUGGAUACGUGACGAAAUAGCCCGUCUACAAAUGAUAGUAGAGAUAGCCUGUGCAUCAACUCCUGAUCAUCUAGUUGCUGUAAGACAAGUGUAUUGUGCUCUCUUUGGCUGUUCACUUGAAGAGGAUAUCAUAGCACAUGUCUCUCUUCCUGUCCAAAAGGUUCUAGUCAGUCUGGUCAGUUCCUACAGAUAUGACAAAGAAUUGGUCGACCAUAGUACUGCUAAUCUAGAGGCUUCUAAGCUUCGUGAAGCCACUAGAACAAAACAAUUAGAUAGUGAUGAACUCAUCCUGAUACUCAGCACCAGGAACAUUCAUCAGCUUAAGGCAACUUUUCGGUGCUAUGAGCAAAACUACGGAUUCUCCAUAUAUCAGGAUAUAUCGAAUUCUGGCGAAGGUCCUUUGGAGUCUAUCUUGAAAGUGGUUAUUUGGUGCAUAGACUCCCCAGAGAAGCAUUUCGCUGAGGUCGUAAAAAAAUCCACUGAUGGGCUAGGAACUGAUGAGGAUUCUCUAACUAGAGCAAUUAUAACUAGAGCUGAAAUUGAUAUGAUCAAAGUUAAGGAAGAAUAUUUCAAAAAGAAGAAUACUACUGUUGAAUAUGCAGUAGCUGAUGACACAUCAGGUUACUACAGGGAGUUCCUAAUGACCCUGCUGGGGGCCAAUGAGUAGGUACUUGCACAGCCAGACAGUGGUUUGUAGUGUUUGUAUUCAACUUGGUUUGCUUUGAAAUUGAUGUAUCAGUAUUGGUGAGGGUGAUUUUUGUUCUUUGUAUUAGCAGUAGAAGAAGAAUGAUUGUGUACCUUAAUUCUGGUUUGGCCCUUCGUUUCUGAAUAAAUGUUGGACUUUCGGUUCUACUGUAGAAACAAAACAUUACUGCAGAUUGUCUCAAAGUGUAAUAUUUUUACACUAUUAGUGUUAAUUAAUAUGUUGCAGCAGAUUGGCUGUCUUAUUUUUCA